UUCUAUAGUACAAACGCGUCGCUCAAAGCCGGCGCACGCGUACUGAUAAACCGCUAUAAAAACUCAUCCCACGUUACGCGAACACCACUCUUGCACAGGUAGAAAUGGAGAACAUAACGAUGAGACACGCCGACCACGAUGAAAGCCAAGGUGUUAUCAUGGCCAAGGGAGUGUCUAUGGCAGUUCUAUUCUGUGCAUCUAUGGUCUGUGGUAUCGUUCCUAUGUUGCUCGCGAAACGGUUCCGUUGGAUAACUCCAAAUGACGCCGAAAACCUUAAGUCCUCAAAUAGAAUUGUUGCUUCUCUUCUCUCGUUUGGAGGAGGAGUUCUAUUGUGUACCACCUUCAUGCACCUUUUACCAGAAGUGGACCACAACAUCGACCAUCUAGUUGCUGAUGGCCACAUGCAAAAGUUCGACUUUCCUCUAGCUUCUCUACUUAUGUGCAGUGGAUUUUUCAUCAUGUAUCUAGUAGAAGAGUUGGUGCACAUGUACAUACAUCACAGAGAGCAGAGCGGUUCAGUGGCACCAUUGGUUCGAAACCUCAGCAUUAGGAGGAGUCGCAACGGAACUGAAGAAAAUGGCGUACGGAGUGUCACCAAUUCUACAUCAGAUCUCAUUGACCCCACAUCUAUUACUAAGGGAAAGGAUAUCGAAGUCAACAACGCUAACCACAAUCAUGGGCAUAGCCAUGCUAAUGGCCAUAGUCAUAUGCCCAUCAAUAAUGCGGAUAGCGUAACGUCUGCCCUUCGUGGACUUCUGAUUGUAUUUGCCCUAUCUAUUCAUGAACUGUUUGAAGGUCUAGCCGUAGGCUUGGAAUCCAGCACAUCAAAUGUAUGGUAUAUGCUUGGAGCGAUUUCUGCACACAAACUUGUCAUUGCAUUUUGCAUUGGUGUAGAGCUAAUUGCAACUCGUACCAAGACUUAUUUGGCCAUAAUUUACAUUACCACAUUUGCUAUUGUAUCUCCACUUGGUAUUGGAAUUGGUAUACUACUAGUUGGAGGAGAGGGCGCCACUGCAGCCGGUUCCUAUUCCGUCAUACUACAAGGCCUGGCGUCUGGAACCUUGCUAUAUGUUAUUUUCUUUGAAAUCUGGAAGAGCGACAGAUCCGGAAUUUUACAAUACAUUGCUGCAUUGUUCGGCUUCGGUUUGAUGUUCGGAUUGCAGUUACUGACGCCUCACUCUCAUUCUCAUGGCGGACACGACCACUCCCAUGACAACGGAACAGACCACGGACAUUCACAUGAUUAAAUUUAUAUUUCCUAUUCUUAAUUAGCUUAAAUUAUUCGACGAAACUUUAUAUUAUAUUGUAGUAAAUGGUCUAUCUAAAGAUUAUAUCUAAAGAAAAACCGGUGAAACUCACAUAAUAAUUAAGAAUAGGAUAGGACAUACAACUACAAUAUAAUAUAGUAUUGGCUACUCUAUAAGGCAGCUGUUUAAAAAUAUUAUGAAGUUAAAUGUAGUAUAUUAGAAACCAAAUGUGAACAGAAAACAAUAUUAUACUACUUAAAAGUUUUCAACUCUUAAAGCGAGAUUCUAUCGUUGCCAUAUUAAUAUUUUGUCAAAUUUAUUUCGAUUGUUAUGUGAGUUAAUUAUUAUUAACUCACCUAACAAUCCAAGUAUGGGUUCUAAUAUUGUAUGGAAAUAUUUUUCUUGCUACCUUCAAGGUUAUAAGGUAUACUAAAUCGUUGCAUAAUACUAAUUUAACAUUUAAUAUUAUUUUUAUGGAUUUUAUGUAAGUAUAGUAUAAGUAAUUUUUAAAAACGUUUUGUUAGAAUGCAGCGUCAGAUAAUCCAAUUAAAUAAUCAUAGUAGAUAGUAUAUUGUUAGAGCAACGACAGGAGAUUUUGUUAAAGACUGUCUAGUCAGUAAAAUAGUUAAGAAUUUAAAAAAAAACCUUCGUAAUAAUAUUAUUAACGUUUAUAAGAAUUCUGCAAAUAAUUUCAAUUCAUUUGAACAAGUAUUGUCCAUCGAUUAUAAAAGGAACACAGGCUACACACCUUAUUUAUCAAACAAUAGACAAAGGAUAUAGAGAUACCUGGAUGUCGGAUAACUGAUUCGAAAUUCUAGACUAGAGGGCUUCCUUUAAAAACCUAUGCCAUUAAUAAUAUUAUCCGAACAAAUUAUUUUCAUAUCCUAUGACCAUUUGACAAGUGUGCUAAGUGUUCAAACUUUUUUAUAAAUAUUAGUUGAGAUUCAAAUACAAACGAACAGGUGAACUAUCUAGAUUAUAACAUAGUUGUAUUGUUAUUAUUACUAUGAAAUAAACAAGUACAAAGAGAUUUGUUAUAUGAUUUGCGCUAGAAAAGUUAUUUAUAGCAUUUGACAACAAAUACAUUUAUAAAAUGUAAAUCAUUAUUAUAUAAGUCUUGAAAGUUUUUAAUUUGUAUGUAUUCUUCACAUAAUAUGUUAUCUGUGAGUUUAAGGUUUAUAGAAAAUAUAAUUUUGUCACAAACUUAUAGAAACAUCGUCUGUGAUAAUUAGUACUAAGACAAAACUUUGCAGAAAAUCUUAUU